AGGUGCGAAGUAGUAAAGCGAAUAAAAACAUUAUGAACCGAGACUGCGCCGAAAGCCGCGAAUUUUGAGCGAUUUUGAGGACAUAAAAGCUAAAGAGCCCGAAAGUUGAGAAGGAUAAUUUGAAAAGCGCAAUAUUUGCAAAAACAAUUUAGUGCGCAAGGAUAUAGAGAAAUAAAAAUAACUUGCAGACAUAGCCGAUAACUGUUGUGUCCUGUUAAGACGGCAGCAGUUUUCAGUGGAUUUUCGUUGUGUUUAUACGUUGCGGAUGGUUUAAAAGUGUUAAAAUUGGUAUAAAAGUAUGUAAUUCAACAUGAAUAAUUAGGAAAACACUAAAAUUCGUUAUAACAAACAGAGUAGCAAACAAAAUAAUAGAAUGAGCACAGAAUAAACUAAAAAAUUGAGGCAUUGUUAAAGAAAUCCUAACUCUGGCUACGAAAGUAUGAACAAAUAGGGGUGUCUGCGAUAUACCGAGUGAAUAACUGCUUGCAUUUUUGUCCAAUUGACUGCAAGGCGGCUGCCUGUGUAGUCUACAUAUAAAAUCCAGUUUGCAUAUUUAUCCUGUUGGAAUGAAGAAAAAACUUGACAGCACUACUGGGUGAAGAAUUAUGGUGCAUGUAAAACCGGAGCAAUACCCAUUCCUAACGUAGCGAAACUCACGAAAAAUCGAUAUUCGCUAAAAUAAAAAGAGGACGAGGCAGCCGCGCUCUAGGAAAAGUAGGUACCUAGUCAUUUGCGCGUUUCCGAUUACAUGAAUGGGCAAGUAUAUCCAGGCGGAACAAACAACUAACUGAUGUGUGUGUGUAUGUGCAUAUAAGACAAGAACAUAAAAAUAUACUCUUAAAAGCCAACAUAAAGUAGUCCUUUGCUACGGUUUAUUUGUGUCGGCGCUCUAUGUCAUAAAUUCCUUUAGUCGCGUGCUCAAUUAUAUGUAUGUAUGUAUAUAUUUUUGGAAUUCCCUUGGUGGACAUCGCAUAACAAACACCUACGUACAUCUACUACAUAUGUACAUAUAUAAACCUCACUGCCAUUAACAUAGGAAGGAACUACUGGCAGGAUUUUUUCAAAACUGUAGCACCCUUAUCUACUUAUCCAUACCUUACAACUGCCUCUUUUGUGUACGCAAUUUGCAUUCAACGCCCACAUUUUUUCUGUUCAUCUGCUCCAAAUGAGUCAUGCGCGCCGAAAAGUUUUCGAAUGCUACAAACGAUUUUAAAACAAAAAAAAAAAACAGUGAUUUGUUGGAAAAAGUAAUUUAAUAGGUCCAUUUUGACCGCUUUGCAAAUGUGAAUGCAUACCAGCUAAACUUUAAAGUGUUCAUUUUUGGUUAAUAUUGCUUCUGAGUAAAGUGACUACCCGCCAGUAUUCAAAAUGAAAACACGUCUCGUUUCGUUAACUUAUCGCGGCACCGCUUCCGUGGAUCCGCGCUACUCCGCUGCCAUGCUGCCAUGGACCAUCAAUGAUAUUCGGUCCACUGAGAGCUACUCGAAGCUCUCGGUUGGCAUCGAAAAUGGCGUACUUGAAUCAUACAACUCCGAUUUCGAAUUGCAAUUCAGUCAUCCACUCAAGCAUAUUGUGGGCAUGUGCCGCAUCGUUCAUAAGCAGAACAGCACAAAAAGCGCUGGCAAUGGUUUUCUUCAGUUGAAAGCCUUCACUGCCGUUGGCAAUAGCGGCAAUACGAAUGUCUUGAAGUCAGUCAACACUGGUGGCCCCUUAACCACAUCCACUUCAUACGGUUCACUCUCCACGAGCGCUGCGUUACGUGAACGAGAGCGGGAGCGUGAACGUGAACGUGAAAAUGCUUUGACGGCUGCAAAUGGCGCUGAGUGUGGUUCUAAUGAUGCGGCGAAUGGGGGAAAUGCAAAUAAUUUCAUGGAAUUCUGGGGCCCCAUUACUGGGCUGGUGUACUUGAUGAAGGAUCCGCGUGAUCCGCUGUUGCAUAUUUAUCUUUUCGAAUGUGAUGCAGUGGAGGAGAUGGCCGAGUUAAUGCAUCAAAUGCGUGAUCCGGCGCACACGCUUGGCGGCUCUGUAGGCAGCAUACCACAGACGUUCGUCGCCAAUAGCAGCGGCAAUGAUAUGUCCAUGCAACGCGCACUCACCGGCAGCGGCAACGGCAUACACACCACGCCGGCCACCAAUCUCAAACUCAGCGAAUCCGUACGCAAUGCUCAACACGAUGCUAGUCCCAAUAUCGUCUCAUCAAAGAUGAAGUCAUCUAAAUCGUAUACGCAUGGCUUAAGCAAUUCAGCGGGCACAGUGCACAUUCCAACGUCUACCUCCGCGCAGAGCAAUCUAUCGCUGCUAGCCGAUAUCUCGCCCAAUCACACGCACUUCUUCGAAGUUAUGUAUGUGGGUAAAAUUCGUGUCUCACACAAGCGUGUGCCCUUCUCGUUCAUCGAUGAUGCCUUGCCCAAGUUCAAGGCGUACGAUGCACAACGCACGCGUCUAAUGCAAUUGACCGCCACCGCUUCGCCCUCAACUGUGGGCGCAUCGGCACAACUUGCAACAAAUCGGAAACUUUCAUUGAAUGUAGAGUGCAUGAGCGCCAAUGGCAACGCCAACGCCAAUGCCAAUGCCAAUAUUAGCGCAAUAACUUUUGACCUUAAAAGUACUUCGCUCAAAGAGAGUGAUGCAGAAACCACAGAAACGGAGGCAGAGACAGAGGCGGAGACGGAGGCAGCUACGGAGACAGAAGCGGAUGUGAAACAGCAGGAUGCGGCAUCCCGAAAAAAUGUGGAAACGGCAAUUCUAGAGUUUACGGGGCAGAAAAGCGUUGCAGACGAAGAUGUUACACAAGUGGCAGAGGAUGAGCAAAAAAUGGCGAACAAAGAGAAUAAAUCACCGAAACGAUUAUUGCGCGGCAUUAGUCAGACAGAACUUCUCGUGAAGAAAGAUGGCACGGUCAAGGUUGAAAAGGAGGUCAACUCAGCUGAGCUGCCAGUUGCACCGAAUGUUAUAAUCAACAAACAUCCAUCACCGCCACGUCAAGCGCAGGAGGAAACAAAGGAGCUGGCCCACCAAAAGGAAGAAACGACAGCAGCAGCAACACAACAACAACCCACAAUACCACAACAGCCAGCCUAUGCAACGCUCGAUACCAUCCCUAAACAACGUGAUCGCUCCGCUUCCUAUGGCUGCAUUCCACCUUAUGUAGAACAGAAUCGCACCAUGGUCUUCCUGGUGGGCCGCUGCGAUUUGCGUCUCAUCUCACCAGAUCGCAAACAAGUGUUGCUCUACAAAGACUUCAAGGAUGUUGCUAGCUGUGCGCAAGGUCAAAAGAACCCCGAUCACUUCGGCAUCAUCUGUCGUGAGGUGCACAAUGAUGGCUACAUUGGUUAUGUCUUCAAAUGUCAGUCGGAUCACGUAUGCGACGAUAUAGUGGCGGCCAUAUCGCAGGCGUUCGUCACAUGCGCCGAACAAAAGAAGAAGGAGGCUACACAGAUCUUCUCGUGUGAGCACUGCCCCAUGUUGUGGUACCACAAACUGUGCACCGACAUUGAGGGUUUGAGUGAGAAGAAGACACAAGCAAUGGUAUUUCGUCGCAUAGAAUCGCUAACCGAUGACGAGCAGGACAUGAUUUGGGCCAAGUACUAUGGAUCGGAGAAGACAAGCUCACCACUGGCGGAACAAAAUCAAUUUUUAAUGAUGUUAUUACGCGCGCAUUGCGAGUCGCGUCAGCAGCGGCACGUACACGACACAGCUGAAAAUCGUUCGGAAUUUCUGAAUCAAUACUUAGGCGGUAGCACAAUUUUCAUGAAAGCUAAGCGUUCGCUCACCAACUCAUUUGAUCACCUGUUGAAGCGCAAGGCAUCAAAGGAUGAUAUUGGUGUGCCGCAUGGCCUGCGCGAUCACCAAGUACGUGAGAAUUCUGCCGAACCCCAACCGGUGGUUAGUCGGAGCGGCAAUGAGACUCCACCGGAGGGAUUCCGUUCGCGUUCGAAUACAAUUGGCAGUGCGAGUCCGAGCAAGCCUAACGCGGAGCACUUAAAGAGUCCCAUGAUGGAUAUAUUUAUUAAGGUUGGCAACAGUCCGAAAGAAUCGGAGGCACAUAAGGCUUCAUGGCGCCAUGCGAUUUUAAAUAGUGUGGUGACACCAUCAAAGGGCAUGGAUGGCGAUGCGCAGAAUGAAUUUAUGUCCCCGAUGAGGAUUACCAAACGCAUUCGAGGCAAGCGAACUCGGGAAGAACUGCGCGAUCUUUGGAAGACCGCUAUUCGUCAGACUAUCCUGUUGAAUCGCAUGGAAACCGAGAAUGCCAUGUUGCAGGCGCGUCAAAAUGAAAAUGAGCUCAAACGUAUCAAACUCGACUACGAAGAGAUCGUCCCAUGUGACAAGCAACUAAUCGAGCGCUGGGAGCAGAUCAUUGAGCGCGACUCCAUGAAGAUAAGCAAUAAGAAAGAUCCUAAAGUGUUGGCUCAAGCGAUUAAAUGUGGCGUACCACGUUCGAAACGGGGCGAUGUUUGGACCUUUCUCGCCGAUCAGCAUUCCAUGAAUACAGCGCCAGUAGACACAAAGAAAUUCCCCAAUUUCAACACCCCCUAUCAUACAUUGCUGAAGAAUCUCACCGAACAUCAGCAUGCCAUCUUCAUAGAUCUGGGACGCACCUUCCCCAAUCACAAGUUUUACAAAGAUCCACUAGGGGUAGGACAAUUGUCGCUAUUCAAUCUGCUAAAAGCGUAUUCUAUACUCGAUCCAGAGCUUGGCUAUUGCCAGGGUUUGGGUUUCAUAUGUGGCAUAUUGUUGUUGCAUUGUGAUGAGGCAGAUGCUUUCCAAUUGCUCAAACAUCUCAUGUUCCGACGUCAGAUGCGUACCAAAUAUUUGCCAGAUAUGAAAAAAUUCCAACUGCAACUUUACCAGCUUUCACGUCUCGUCAAAGAUCAUCUACCAGAACUGUAUAUCUGGCUGGAUCAGAACGAUGUAUCGCCAACAUUAUAUGCCGCACCUUGGAUUCUCACUGUUUUCAGCUCACAAUUUCCUUUGGGUUUUGUGGCACGCGUUUUCGAUUUGUUAUUCCUCGAGUCAUCGGAAGUGAUUUUCAAAUUCGCUAUCGCUUUGCUGACUGUACACAAAGAUGAGUUGCUGGCACGUGAUAACUUUGAGGAAAUUAUGGAUUAUUUGAAAACAGUGGUACCGAAAAUGGAAUCUAAUACAAUGGAGAAAAUUAUGAAGUUGGUAUUCACUUUGGACGUCAGUAAGCAAUUAACGGAAUAUAAUGUGGAAUACAAUGUGUUGCAAGAAGAGAUCUCAACAGCCAACCACCAUUUGGAGAUGUUGAAUAGAGAAAAAACACGGAAUAUGCAUCUGGAACAGCAUCUGCAGUUCGCUCAAUCGUCGAUCGCACAGAUCGAAAAGACACGCUUCUCCCAACAGACCCAAAUCACAUCGCUGCAAACGCAGGUGCAAUCGCUCGAACUGACCAUACAAACACUCGGUCACUUCAUCGCUCAGUUGACUGAACAAAACGUGGAACUGGAAUUGCCCGGCGAUGUACGUCGCAUUCUGCAACAAUUAGACGAUUUGGAACGUCAACGUCGCAAACCACAUUUCACUGAACGCAAAAUCGGUAAAUCCGUAUCGGUCAACAGUCACUUGGGGUUUCCACUAAAGGUGUUAGAAGAGUUGAACGAAAAAGAAGAACAUGGUUCGCCACAAAAGAAGAAGGAGAAGACACCUUUUUUUGAACACACCUACGAACAACUGCGACAGCAACGCAACCUACAACAACAACAACAAGGCGGUCAAACAUCACCAACAGCACAAACAGCGAUGCAGCAACGUAAAUUACUGAGUAGUGCUAGCAGUUCGUUGGAUGAAGGUCAAGAUCAACAUAAACAACAACCACACACCCAGCAGCAGCAACAACGGCCAAAUCGACUACUAGACUCGCCGGACAAGCAAAGUAAGCUGACCGAACUCAAGUUGCCCGAUCAGCUGGAGCAACUGCUAAGCUCUGCCAACAUGCGCAGUCCCAUAGAGGUGGACAGCGGCGUAGGUACGCCACUCAGUCCGCCCAGCACGAGCAGCAAUAGCAGUAGUAGCGGCCUCAGCACAGCCUCUAGCGGUGGCGGUGGCAGUCUUUUCAGUCGCAUGGGUUAUAAAAAUACACCGACGGCGCUUUCGCCGCUUAGCAACCGGCAGCCAUUAUAUGGUGCGGGAAGUGGGGCAACAGCAAGCAGCACAACAAAAGUAAUAGGUGGCGGCAGCGGCAGUGGUGUCGGCAAAGUGGUGCCACCUGUAUCUAUUAUUUUGCCCACUGAGCAACCACAAUGGGGUGCGGAAAAUGCGGAGAUGCAUCCACUCAGCAUGGUCGGUGAGGUAAAUGUGCGUUUUAAUGGUACUACCCAACUGAAAUCAAUACGACCCGUGCAUCACAUGCGCCCCAUGAGUACUGUAGCAGCAGGAGUGGCUGCAGCAACUGCCACAGCGCUGCAACAAACGGGUGGUGUUGAUGAAAACAGCAGCAGUGACAGUAACAUUCAGGCGCCAAAUGCAGCUGCGACGAAUGUACUCAGCUAACGGUUUUGAUUCAUAGCGAAAAUUUUGCGUAGCUUCUAUUAAAGAAAUAAUAUAGCAAAGGAAAGACAAACAAAAAUAGAGAAAAAAUAGAAAACUUUAGCGAACACUGCGGUGAUUUUUCGAUUUUAAGCGGAAAGUUAUAAAGCGAAUCAAAAGUAAGAAACGGUGGUUUAAGCGGGUAUUUUUUUUCAAAAGCUGACCACUGGGAAGAUUUUGCUUAAAUUAAUUUUAAAAGUGAUUAUUCUUCUUGAUUGGCGCGAAAACCGCUUACGAGAUUUUGGCCGAGUUUAACAAAGCGCGCCAGUCGUUUCUUUCUCGUGCUAACCGGCGCCAGUUGGACACACCAAGUGAAGCCAAGUCCUUCUCCACCUGAUCUUUCCAAUGCAGAGGAGGCCUUCUUGUCCUCUGCUACCACCAGCUGGUUGGGCAUCGAAUACUUUCAGAGCCGAAACGUUUGUUUCCAUCCAGACGCAUGAUCCAGCUAACGAAGCCGCUGAUUCUUUAUUUAAAAGUGAUUACCGGCAAAAAUCAACUUUGGCAUUCAACACUGGCAUUCAGAAUCGCGUUUCUCGAAAAUUUCACCUGUAAAUUUCGAAUUGUUUUUUAGAGUCAUAGUUCAAAACUCUUUCGCAGGUCUAAAAAAUGCAUAACGAAUGGUUAUUACAAGUUUUUUUCAAAGCUACAAUAUUUACAAAUUAUAAAAGCAUUUAUUGACCUGCCGUAGCGAAUGGAUACCCUUUCGCAGAUACGGAAAAUAUUAUAUUACAAAAAAGUUGUAUUGCCGUUUUUUAUUACAUUUUAUGAAUUGAGUAAUAAGUAUGCAAAAUUUCACUUCACACACUCGCAUAUUUCGAUUCACGAAGCUUUACUGCGAGGCCAUACCCAGGCAUUACUUCCCAGAAAAGUCGAUUGCGUUACUGGAACGUCCCGGAUUUAAGUCUGGCCAAAUACUGUCACUAUAGCAGAAUACCCCAAAAAAACCUAUGUCGAAUGUUUUUUACUGUUACAACAACAACAACGACAAUAACUGACUGUGACUUGGUACAAAUAGAAGAAUUAAUUGUUUGCCCAAUUAUUUUCGCUUUCAAAACGAAAAUCACCGUAGUUAAAAGCAACAAAAAAAGUAAUUGAGCUUCAUGCGCUUGAGAGAAAUCUAGCAAAAAUUGAGAAUAUUGUGAUUGUUUGAAACUCGUUAAUAGGCUACUUGAAAGCGAAUGACUAAGGCUACAGAAAUGCUUUUAAAUGCCGCUAUUAGAAUUGAUAACUUUAAUAAAAGCACCUACGCUACUCAAUCGCUAUGCAAAAUCACCAAAAAUUAAAACAAAAAAAUUAAGAAAUAUUCGAAAAUAUUCAAACAGCUAUGUGUGUAUAGUAUGUAUGUAUGUAAGAGUUAAGAUAUGUCCGCUAGAAUUGUGUUGUGUAACCUCUAAGCAUAAGGUAUGAUUUUUUUAAGUACUCAAUGAUAGGUGAAAACUAUUGAAAGUGAUUGCUCAGCCCAAAAUAGGUGAUAGAAGUUCAAAUAGUAUGGCGCUUUACAGUUCAAAAAUGUAAUGCAGCUGGCAAGGUUUAUUAGACAGACCCAAUGAGAAAGAUCCGAAUUGUAGUUAUUAUAUUAUAGCUGUAUAAAAUACUGCUGCAGUGACAUUUCUUGGUCGAAUAUCAAAUUUUCUUUGCGAGCCUGGAAAUUAUUUCAUUAGUGCAUGACCACCAUGCGAUUGGUGUCAAGUUCUCUGCCCAUUAUGGGCAUGAAACGUCAAAUGAUAGAAAGCGUUUUCCAAUAGGUAAGCCGCCGAGUGUAUUUUUGCCAUGGAAAGUUUGUUAUAAAUAUCGUCUGGCACAAAACUACAGAGACUUGAAGUUGUAAGUCCCUCCCACAAACCAUUAAAGAAGGUUAUACUCUGAAAUUUUAUAUAGGUAUGGCCAAAAUGUAAACGCCCAUUUAGUACAGUAUUUUCUUAGAGUAAAUUGUUUAUAAAAUCGACGUAAUAAUUUUGUUAUCUUUCGUUGGGGAAAGAAGAAGGGAAGGUGGGUAAAAUGAAGAACGGACUUUGGAUUAGAGGAUGACGACCAGCAGUGGCGUUUUGUGUUCGAAUUAACCGAUUCAAGAUACUGAUGAAUUUCACCAUAUUUGUGAUAUUUAAUCCCGCAAUAUCCGCAGAUGUAGCGAAAAAGUAAGAGCCCAGAUGUCUAAACAUUUGUCCGACCAAAUCAAGGCAGCUGAGAAGAAGGUGCUGAGAUGAUUCUGCCUCGUCCUCUAGACAGCUUGUGCAGAAAGGACUUGAAACAAUUCCAAGCCUAGCCGCGUGGACAAUGUCCGGUUGCCGGUGAGCAACUAAUCCACUGUUUCCUUCAUUGGGACUACUUCCGCUUAGAAAACACUACAGUGGUCUGGAAGCCUAAAGUUGAGCUUAACUCAACUCUUCCGUCCAACUUCGAGUCAUCCAUAAACAUGUUUGCCAUGCUCUGCAUUCAAAUGUUACACACCGCUCACCCAUCCUUUAAGGAAAUAUGAAUGGAAAAAAUUCCGCUCGCACUUAGCGAAGGUGUACAAUGAUCCAGCACAAUGGGGAUGAACUCAAAGUUUUUAAGAAUAUUAGAGUGUCCGUAUCUGACAUCUAGCUUAUGGCCAGAACACCUCAAUCUGACUGCGGCGCUUGCAGCGACAGCUUUUCCUGCAAUGUGCACGGGUACCACAUUCAGCAAAGCGUUGAAGCGAAGCGCCGCUCUGAUUCUUCACCACGAGCAGCAAGCCAUUUCGAAUGGGGCUUCCUACCUAGGUGAAGCGGAUUCCCACUCACACCCCCUGGGACAAUGCUCAAUGUCGCUUCCGAUUUCCCCCCAGAGUUCCGCCCAGAGUCCCGCCAGAACCGUCCCGGCAUACUCAACACACGACCCGCUUGUGAGAGAUACUAAGGCAUGAUACUAUGCAUCCUUUUACUUGGCCGCUCAAACCAAAUCAUCUAAUACUAACACCGCUUUCCCGUUGGUUCUUGGACUUACCACUGAGUAGCACUGUCGACGACAGUAGAUGAUCUAACCGACACAGGCAGGGUUUUAAUGAGCUAAUAUAACAGCAACAACUUUCUUGCUUUGCUUAGGGUAUACAUUUGCAUUUCGCAUUACCCUAGUAGCCCUCUGGGCUCAGCACUCUCUAACGAUAGUUGUCACAAAUCAUUUCUCAUUUGAUAGAUUGCUUUAGAAUUUUAGAAUUUCAGUUACACAGCAAAUAAUCCAAUCAAUUGGACAAUUUAUUGGGACUAGUCACUAUUGUUUUACUAUAAGACGGCAUUCAGGAAGAAAACUGAAAAUUUAAAUAAGUAUUUAUAUGUACAACAAAUUUCUAAUACUUUGCAGUUGUUUAAAAUUCUAUCCGCAAUACGAGAAAUGUAUAGAAAACAGGUGUUAGAAAAUUUAGUACAACUGGAAAUGAAAAUCGCGUGUAUCAACUGAAAUUUAGUACUUGUUGGUAUGUACGAGUAUGUAUUGUAUUUACAGUAAGUGGAAAAUAUAGGCAAGUAUUUAGAAAUCGUAAAGGCAAAUUAUGUAUUUAAGUAUGUCCGCAUGUGUUUGGACUUUUGGUAGUUAGAAAAAAAACUACGCUGUGUUUGGUUAUGUAAUUUUUUUAAAUUUAUAUUUAGUUUAUUUUAAGUGCCACUCACAAUGAUAACUCAAGGGGCAGAUAUUAUCUGAUGGUAAAUUAAUGUAAGAUUGGGAUAAUUUUACAAAUUUGUAAUGAACAUUUUCCGUAUAAAAUAUUGCUCGUUUGGCGGAAGAACGUCAUGACUCAAAACAUCACUUUUUUCUUUUUGGUCUUUUUUAAUUUUUAUUUUAUCAUUAUUAUUUUAAUUUUUUUAUUAUUAUAUUGUUAUUAUUAUUAUUAGUAUUUUUUUUUUUUGAUUAUGACUCUAGCCGCAAAUGCGCGACGUGUUUAUUGGAUUACUUUGUAAUCUAUAAUCUCUCUUACAAAUUCUGAGAAGCAUGCGCUUGAAAAUCUUUCCUUAUAACAUUUUUCACAUAGCGGGUAUUUGUGUCGGUUUAACGGAAUUGAGUUUGAAAAAAUGUUGAAAAUGAUGAGUGUAGCCUAUUUAGGCAUGUUUGUCCGUAGAAACAAUAACUUGAGUAAAAAAAUUCGAUAUCCUAUCCUACCUUUUUACUCUUGAAAAUUAACAAAGUGAUGAUGCCACGGUCAUUUUUCAUAUAACUGAAAUUUUCAUAGAUUAAAAAAAUUUCAUAUAUCAGGUGUUUUUUUAGCUGCAUGAGAACUAUCGAUAUCGUUAACUAUUAUUUGACCGCUGAGAAUGGCCAACCAUGUUGACAUUUCUGUUCAGUAAAGUUUGGCAAGUCACGAUUUAUGAUGACGAUGACGAUUAACGCCCAAAAACAACGCUUCCAAAUUCUGGAAAUUGAAUUUGAUAAAAAUAGAUAUAUAAAUAAAUCUGCCCGCGAAGUUCAUAGAGCACUGGCGACAUCAUUGGUCCUUAUUUCUUUCGAAAUGAGCAAGGAGCUGCCGUUACGAUGAAUGGCGAGCUCUAUCGAGCCAUGGCGAAUGAAUUUUUGCUACCAAAAAUCAAUUAGCUGAGCAUCGACGAAAUUUGGUUCCAAUAAGACGGCGCAGUUUGCAAUACAGCGCGCUUCACAAUCAAUUUAUUGCAAUAUUCAAGUCACCAUUGACGCCAUACGGCCAUAAAUUGAACUGAUUGAUUGGAUCAUGCAACUCGUAGCUUGCGGCAUGCAUAUGCCGGAUUACAUAUUCAACAAAUAAAUGCCAUGAAAUUAUCCACCAGAUUAUAGAUAAAAAAAAUCAUUCCAACAACAACUCUGUUUUGUAAUAUCAUUUUAAGUCUCAAGCUCUUAAAAAAAUACCCGAUACAAUAGUAGAUAAUGUGAAAAAUCGCUUACACUUAGUACAAGGAGCUAUUUGAAAGAUCAUAGAGCAGUUUUGGAAAAUGGUGGGGAAAUUAAACAGUAAAAAAUGAAAAAGUAAGAGAAGUCCGGUAUAUUUAUAGAAAACAAAUCAAAAUACAUUAAACAAAAUUUGAAAUAUUUUAAAAAAGUUUUAAAUAUUAAAAAAAAGGAAAUUUUUCAUGAUUCAUUGUGUUGCACAUUUUGAAGCGAUGUUGUGGUCACUUCAACACAAGUGACUGAUGCGUGUUAGGCAAGCGUGGGUAUCUCGUAAACCGCUUCUUUAAAACUUGUCAAACAUGGUGCCCGUGGAUUUACUUUCAUUAAGAAAAAUUUUUAAAAUUUAAGAAGUCAGGCAGCACCCAAGCCUACUUCAUAUAACAGCUCCAUAUAACAGCAAUGCUUUUUUUCUAACCGUCCAUUUGUCCGUGGAAUGAAUAAGUUGAGUGAAAAUUCAAAAAAUUAUGCAUAGGUGGACGCAGGACCUGCUAUAUAAUAAAUCCAUGGUGAAAAAAUUCAGGUGUAGCCAAUAUCAGACCAUAAGAUCAAAAUUGGCUGACAUCACAAUUGUCAUGACAGUGGUUUGUUUACGAAAAACUGAGAUUGUGUUGGCGAUAUACGAAAAAAAUCAACACAAUCUUCACUAAUGUUGCUUCGUUGCCGUCUGAACAAUGACUUAUUGGGCAAGUGUUUGAAUAUGUGUAAAAUGAGCGGGCGAAAUUCUACUGUCGAAUCCUCGGUGGCAGAUCCAUAAGUAAAAAUACUCUCAGUUGGUUGUCAAAAAUUGAGAUUUUCUGAUUCCAAAACGUUUUUUUAUGCUUGCAUAAAAUAUGAUUUAAUUUCAUAGAAAAUGGUAUCAAAAAGUCUAAAAAAUGUCAUACAAAUUUAGAUAUUUUCAAUAAAAAGCAUUAUUAUAGCUGAGAAAUCUAUUAAAAAAAUGUGUUAUUGUAAAUUUUGCAAGUCAAAGAUAUUAUUAUCUAUUUUUAUUGUUUGUCGAUAUUCUUUUGUUUUUCAUGUUUCAUGUUUUUCAUGAAAAAGCACACACACCAUCCCACACUUGCCUAUCUCUCAAGCUCACACCAAGGGUCCCUGUCAAAUAAUAGGAAGAAGAAGAAUGUUUUUACUUGUAUUUUUGUACAAUGGACAUGCAGCCGGACAGCAUGGACAUACUCGCUCAAUUUCGUUUUUCUCCAUAGCAGAUUGGCCAAACCUGGUAAUAAUUCAAUAACUUAUGAGGGGAGACCUACAUAAAAAUUGGCAGCGAACAAAUCAACUCCUAUAAAACGUUUCCACCAAAGCCAAACACUGGGUGUCUUGAUUUUGGGUUUGAGGGAAUUUUCAACUGUUUUCACUACGUGUUUGAUGGAAAUUGUGUUUAUAUGUUUCAUUCCCUAAAUCUUAGACGCUGACAGCCAAUAAAAUUGUUAUGAUUUUGACAAGCGACAAAACAGUGUUGCUUUGUUUCGAUAAGAAUGCAAUAACAAAAGAUAAAAGUCACAUAAAUGAACUCUUUUGUCCCCAUUUAAUAUUAAAAUGCAUGCAAAUCCAACAAAAACACGCUGUGAAAGAUACGUUUGGGUCAAAGACACGGUUCUAUUAAAGCUGGCAGCACUAGACCAACAACUACGUUUUGUACAUAAGACCGUCAGACAAAAGAACGAAGAGAAGUAUGAAAUAGGCCGAUUCUAUCCGUCAUUUUAUUUUUGCUGACAUCCUAUUGCACUAGGCAAAAGAAAAAUAUUAGCUGGCCUACUGCUAUUACCUUUAAUAGGUUCUCUUUGGUUUAGGUUAUGUAAUUCGCAUGGGAUUUGACAAGUGACUGGAUGGGAUUGGUUUUGGCUGUUGUUUGCGCCCAGAACGUGAAAACGUUAUUCAAAAUAUAACACCCUAUCGGAAGAUUAAUCAAUUUUGCAAAUGACAUCGUACGUCAAUCAUAUUUGACACUUGUGAACUGGACAGCUGCAGUAUACAAACAGACAAGGAAUGGAGCGCGCAAAGGAAAAACUAAAGAUUUCCAUCACUCAAAAUCAUUUUUGUUUUUCAUUUAGUAAAAUGGGAUGAUUUAGUUUGCUCCACCCUGUAUUAGAAUGUGUGAAUUGUGAGCAAUAGUUUGUCAUUGUGAGUUAUAAAAUGAAAGAAACUAAAUUUUUACGUUCUGACAUCUAGGCGCAUCUUUUGAAAGCCCCUUAAUAAACGAGAUACUAGAGUGUAAACGAUUGUUUAUGAGGUAAGAAAAAAAGCGAGUAGAAACGAAGUGAUUUACUAUACAAUUUUAUGGCUUACGCUCAAAAUUGUUUGUGUUAAGAUUUUUUGAUUAUUCUAUUUAUAUUAGUUUAUGUCUUAAAAACAUAAAAAAAAAUGUUAAAACGCAAAUAGGCAUAUGGAAAUGUGUAUUUAUAUUUCUCUUAACUCAUAAUGUCUCAUUUUUAUCUCAGCCGUUCAUUUUCUAUCGGACACAAAAUCAGGCAGGAGGUCGCAUAUAUUUGUAUGUACAAGUAGUAUAUCUAUAAAGCAAAUAUUUCGUUGAUUAAGCAAAGCAAAAACAAAUAAAUAAAUAAAAGCACAUAUAACGGAAUGUACGUGCUUAUAACAGUUAAGUUUGUAAUUGUAAAACAAAAAGAAGAAUACUUCAAAAUGCGCUAGCUGAUUCGCUGAUUCGCUUGAUUACCUACCCAACUACCUACCUAACUAUAAAUAUUUAUAAAAGAGCAUACACACACAUAUAUUCAUAUACAUAUAUAAUGAAAUGUAUAAUCUCUGCAGCAACAUAAGUUCGUGCGUAUAUAACCAAGUUGUUCGAUUUAAUUGUGCGUGUUAUAAUUUAUUAAAAACAAAUAAUAAUAAUAAAAAGAAAAGGCUAUAUAAUCAACAACAAAAA